GUAGAACGACCAGAAAUGGAUCAUGAGGGUUCGUUCAAUUUCAUGGACGUUGUGAAGAGGCCGGAGAUCGUGGAGACUUUAGUCGACAUAUUGGUAUGCGCAGUCCCGAUUUGGCUCGCGGUUAUGAUAGGGCUCGUGAUCGGUUGGUCCUGGCGGCCCCGCUGGAGUGGGCUAAUUUAUCUCGGGUUCAGGUCUAAGCUCCGGUUCGUCUGGACUGCCCCGCCGGGGUUCGGAGCUCGGCGCCUCUGGCUUGCCUUGACGGCGAUCUCGGCGUUCUCGGUUGGUCGGAGGCUCUGGUCCAGGUUCAGGGGGAAGGGUAAAGAUUCAUCUGUCACCGCGGCGAUGUCGACUCCGGAGGGGCCUCCGUCGCCGGAUGUUUCGGUGGGUGGAAAUGACGCAGAGAUUAGGCCGAGCCUUGGAACUUCUCAACUGGAGGAUGUCGUCACAGAGAAUGAUCUUGAACACCUAUUGCAUCUUCUUGAAAGCAAGGGAGGGGAAAUGGAUUGGCGAAAUAUGAUGGAACGCUCUGCCUCAAACAUGACCUACCAAGCUUGGCGCCAUGAGCCUGAGACAGGGCCAGUGGCAUACCAAAGCAGAACUGUCUUUGAGGAUGCAACACCAGAGAUGGUGAGAGAUUUCUUCUGGGAUGAUGAAUUUCGCCCUAAAUGGGACCCUAUGCUUGUGUACUUCAAAAUAUUGGAGGAAUGUUCUCAUACGGGAACAAUGAUUGUCCAUUGGGUCAAAAAGUUCCCUUUUUUCUGCAGUGAUCGUGAAUAUAUCAUUGGUCGGAGGAUAUUUGAAGCUGGAAAGAUGUAUUAUUGUGUGACAAAGGAACUUGAAAAUUUCUAA